AUGACCAUUGAGCCAGCGCCACCCAAUCAACCGUACCUGAACGCAUUUCUGACCGAAAGACCCAAGGAUGGUAUCGAAGUAAUACAAGGACGCCUUCGCAAGGCACUCAAAUUGAACGAAGAGCUGGCCGAAUAUUUUAGAGAGAGAGCCCAUGUCGAAGACCUUUAUGCAAAAAACCUAGCAAAAAUAUCUAAAAAACAUUUUGUCACGGACAAAUCUGCCUUGGGGCAGAUGCAGCCGAUAUGGGAGAUGCUUCAAAAUGAAUUGACCGAAAUAUACACGAUCCAUGCUGUCAUGUCGCUCAAAAUUACCGAAGACGUUGAACGUCCUUUGCGAUCUGCUAUUCAAAACGAUAAUGAAUACGCUGCCAUGGAUGCGUCGCUACAGCGGUUAAGCAAGGAUUAUGAAGAACGUCUUGCUCGAUUAAAUAAGCACAAGAAAGCCGCGACAAGACCAGGAGGCGGUAAAGCAGAGUCAAAAGUGGCCGAUUCAACUAAAGGACUAGAAGGAGUCAAGUCGCAAUGGAUGCAAACGGGUCCAGAGUAUAUUCAGAAACAUCAAGCAGUGGAUGAGCAUCGCUGGGACAAUCUGCGAACAGUAGUGCAAAAGUUUGAAGUAUUGCAAAACGAUCAACUCCUUAAACGCAUCGAGGUAGCCAACAACGUACUUACAGCAGCAAGCAACUUUAACAUUGAAGACGAGAUCAACGCAUUUUGCUCAUCACGACCCGCCAAUGGAUUGAAAAAAGCCCUUUCGACACAGCAAAUACAGCAACAGCCACAACAGCAGCAACCAUCCGUCUCACACUCAGAGCAAUCCAUUGCGUCCCUGGGAUCUUCAUCGACUACCACAGCACAUGGUGACGUCUUGUCUGUACCGACUACUAUGACGAAUAACAACAACGUCCCUGACAACCUUGAAGCACCUGUACCCGUACCUAGUGUGUCUGAGAAAAGCAACCGCAGUGGCCGCAAGAUGGGCAAAGAGCGCAAAUUUUUGUCCACCCUUGUCUCAAUCCGACGCAAAACCAAGAAUGAUCAUGGCGGCAGCACUAAUAACGGCUAUAUGAAUGCAGAUCUUGCGCCGCCUGUCAUGCAUCACACUGACCAGCAUAGUCAUUCCAGUUUCAGCGCCUUGGAUGAAGAAAACGGCAGUCAUGUCUCGUCCAUGUCUCCGAGCAAUGAUGGUGGUUCAACCAUGUCGCCAGCGCCUACUUCGCCCACAUCAGUGGAUCAGCCUGCUGCUGGUUCGUUGAAGAAAGCACCCAGUUUCUCGGGAAGUUUUGCAAGCAGUCAGCAUCAGCAACCGCCCAAGGUGUUGCUGGAUGCUGAAGGCUACACAAUCCCGCCGCCCGAUCGCGCAGCAUGGCCCGGUGACAGCAUUGUCUCCUCCUUGCAUGACGAUGACUUUGGCUCCGACAGCGGCAGCAAUCAACAGAAGCUCAAAGUGGACAUCAAGAAUGAGGCUAUGAAGGAAGAAGAUGCGACUCAUGCGGCCGUUGCUUUAACUCGCGUGUCGUCCAUGCUCAAGGAAAAGAGUCCCACAGCUUCGGGUAGACGAAGGGGUCGUCGUGAUACGCAACAGAGAAACACACGCUUAUUGGAUCCUGUGCAAGAAAUCAAGCCACCAGUCUCUACUACUGCAUCAUCGCCUUCGCCCUUAUCCGUUGCAUCUUCUCCGUUUGAAGAUGAAGUAAAUAGCAGUAGUGCUGGUAAUAGAGUACAGUUACAUGACGCACCUGUACAACUUGAAGAUCCUUCUGUCUCUGUCUUUGAUGAUCAAAACAACGGUGUCCAGCUCCAUGAUGCACCUGUUCUGGAUGAGCAACAGCAAGAACAACGACAACAACAAGGGUCGGUCGCAGCGGCAUCCAUGCCGGUGGUACCAUCACCGACGAUGACGCCGUUUACUUCAGCACAACCGACCAUCAGGGUGCAGAUUACCGAAAGCAUACACUGUCUCAUGAAGGGCGGCGCGAUAGUACGGUCGGCCGUAUUAGGUGAGGUCAAGAUCGCUUAUCGUGGGCCCGUGGAUACCAUGGGACGCUCAGUAUGUUUCCGACUCGAACACGUGGAUCAGCUGGAGCGGAUCGCACCCAACACGGGUUACAUCAGCCCAAUGAAUGAAGGCGAGAAAGGACAGAAUGGGGUAUACAAGCUGGACACAAACAUGUUUAACCUAGCAGGCGACAGUCCGGUCCCGUGUAUCAAGUAUCAAGUCAAGCAAUCGUCAAGUGAUAACAAUGAUGACAAUGACGACAUGGUGCUGCCGCCGCAGCCUUUGGUAGCACCUAUCCAAGUCAAGCCCAUGUGGAAAUGCGAAGCCGAACAAACCCUGUUACUAGUCAAAUAUCAAAAGGCAGACACCGAGCUGGCUUCCCACUUGCACGGUGUCUUCUUUAUGACGACUGUCAGUGGCAAUGUACAAAAUGUCCAGAGCGUGCCGGGCGGUCAGUGGAUGGUGGACCAGGAUAAGAUGGUGUGGCCCAUGGGCGAAUGGAAUAGCCACGACGAACGCGUGCUGCGUGCAAAGUUUACGACCAAGGAACAAGGCACGCCACAGGCCCUGCAAAUCCGGUUCGAGGCAAAGGACCGACUCGUGUCGACGGUGGAUGUUGCCAGCAGUAGUUCAAACGGUGACGGUCAGGAGGAUGGAUCGAUGGCGAUCUGGGCCAAUGUCGAGUCCACAGAAAAAUCUAUACGUACUGGCAAGUAUAUUGCAGAACAAUAA